CCUUAGCAACGCAUUGCGCGCAAGUAAAAACACAACGAGUACUGUGGUUCACUGAUAAUUCUUUUUUGUACGAAAAUGUCAUUUCGUGACUUAAGAAAUUUUACAGAAAUGAUGCGACUGCUCGGGUAUCCGAGAUUAAUCUCUAUUGGAAAUUUUCGUUUACCAAAUUUCCCAUUGGUUGCGGAAAUUCUCGUUUGGCUGGUGGAGAGAUUUGAUUCUGAUGUUGAUAUACCUAGUGAGCAUAAUACCGAAGAAGAACGUAUUGCAUUAAUUCGUGCUGUUGCCGAAUUCAUGGCAUUAAAAACGAAUAUUAAGUUAAAUACAAAAAAAUUAUACCAAGCUGAUGGCUAUGCUGUAAAAGAAUUAUUAAAAAUAACAACAUUAUUGUACGAUGCUCAAAUCAACAGUAACAACAAUGAUGCAAUCUCCGAUGAUGACUUCAAUUUACCUAAUUUUGAUAUUUCUGAUAAAGUUAAUGAACUGAAAUCAACUAGACAAUUGGCCAGUCAGUUGACUGUCACUGGUGCAUCAUUGUUUGACUUAUUAGGACGAGAAGUAGAUCUUCGAGAGAUUCGUAAUUCAAAGGUUGCCAGACAGUUCGAUACGUCAGAAAUUGAAAUGGUGUUGAAAAAUGUUAUUGAAAGCGUACGCAAGGAAAUUGACGACACCAAAAGACAGAUUGAUAAUGUUAAGGAUACAGAACAAAAUUUGGAUGUAAGAAUUGAAAGGCGACGCGCAGAGCUAGAUAGAAAUCAAAAGCGGCUACAAACGUUGAAAAAAGUACGGCCAGCUUUUAUGGAAGAGUUUGAAAAACUUGAAGUUGAAUUGAGAUCUUUAUAUGACGAUUAUUUACAAAAAUUUCGGUACCUUGCGUACCUUGAACACUUAUACGAGGAUACAGCUAAAGCUGAGCAAGAAAGAUUUGAAAGACGACAAGAAGCAACGCGAAAGCAAUUGGAAAAGAUGAGAGCAGAGGAUGCCAAUUUUGAAACCAUGAUGGAAGGAAAUGAUUCCAUAUUACCUACAAAUCUUCAAGAACCUCCACCUCCACUCAGUGAUAUAGAGAAACAAAACCCUGAAAAAAGAACUCAAAGCAGUCGAUUAAAAUCAGCUGGCCGUGCAUCGAGAAUGCAAAUAUCACAGCGUCGAAUUUACGGCAGCAUGUCUGGACGCCAGAGAGGAACAAUCCAAGAAUCAAAUGACAGUGCUGGCUCUGUAGACAGUGAUAGUGAUUUAUUGAUCGACGGUGAUCUCGAUGAUGACGAUGACGAUGACGACAUUUUAGAUUCUGUGGGAGGAACAGAAAUUGGGAAUUUUGAUUUAAAGGUUGGACAAGAAAAACGAGCUGUUAGUAAGCUAGAUCAUUCAGAUGAGGAUUUUUAACUAUUAUAAAAACAAUUACAAAAGCUUCAAAAUAUACCGUUCGUGUAAUUAUCAAUUUGUAUACGCAUAUUUCUACAAUAACUGUAAUAUUAAUAAAAAGUAAUACGUUCUUACUCCAUCUUGACUCCCUGUAAAUUUUGACAGUAGUAAAAAAUAUUUGAGCAUUACAAGGUAUUUCGCUUAUCUUACUCUCCUGGAAAUCUAUUACUUCUAAUCAUACGAAAGCUAAGAAAAAAUUUGUCUCAAAAAGAUAAAUAUGAUUGUUAAC